CCCGAGCCGCCGAGCCGUUCCCGCCCUCGCCCCGCGCCCAGGUAGCUGCGAGGAAACUUUUGCCGCGGCUGGGUAGCGGCACGUCUCCCGCUCCUCAGGGCCGCUGCCAGCCUUGCCGAGUCUCGGGACCGCUCUCGCCCCCGCUGCCACUCUCCCGCGCUCUCCUCGCUGCCCGCGAAGCAGGAUGGCGGGGACCGUGCGCACCGCGUGCUUGGUGGUGGCGAUGCUGCUCAGCUUGGACUGCCCGGGACAGGCGCAGCCCCCGCCGCCGCCGCCGGACGCCACCUGUCACCAGGUCCGCUCCUUCUUCCAGAGACUGCAGCCCGGACUCAAAUGGGUGCCCGAAACCCCCGUACCAGGAUCAGAUCUGCAAGUAUGUCUCCCCAAGGGUCCAACGUGCUGCUCCAGAAAGAUGGAAGAAAAGUACCAACUGACCGCGCGCUUGAACAUGGAACAGCUGCUUCAAUCUGCAAGUAUGGAGCUCAAGUUCUUGAUCAUCCAGAACGCCGCAGUUUUCCAAGAGGCCUUUGAAAUUGUCGUCCGCCACGCCAAGAACUACACCAACGCCAUGUUCAAGAACAACUACCCGAGCCUGACCCCACAAGCUUUCGAGUUUGUGGGUGAAUUUUUCACCGACGUGUCUCUGUACAUCCUGGGUUCUGAUAUCAACGUGGAUGACAUGGUCAAUGAAUUGUUCGACAGCCUGUUCCCGGUCAUCUACACCCAGCUUAUGAACCCCGGCCUGCCUGAGUCAGCCUUAGACAUCAAUGAGUGCCUCCGAGGGGCAAGGCGUGACCUGAAAGUGUUUGGGAAUUUCCCCAAGCUUAUCAUGACCCAGGUUUCCAAGUCACUGCAAGUUACCCGGAUCUUCCUCCAGGCCCUGAAUCUCGGAAUUGAGGUGAUCAACACCACCGACCACCUGAAGUUCAGUAAAGACUGUGGCCGAAUGCUCACUAGAAUGUGGUACUGCUCGUACUGCCAGGGACUGAUGAUGGUCAAGCCUUGUGGUGGCUACUGCAACGUGGUCAUGCAAGGCUGUAUGGCCGGGGUGGUGGAGAUCGACAAGUACUGGCGAGAAUAUAUCUUGUCUCUGGAGGAUCUGGUGAACGGCAUGUACAGGAUCUACGACAUGGAGAACGUCCUGCUUGGUCUCUUUUCGACGAUCCACGAUUCCAUCCAAUAUGUCCAGAAGAAUGGAGGAAAACUGACCACCACCAUUGGCAAGUUAUGUGCCCAUUCUCAACAACGCCAGUAUAGAUCUGCUUAUUAUCCUGAAGAUCUGUUUAUUGACAAGAAGGUAUUAAAAGUUGCUCAUGUAGAACACGAAGAAACCUUAUCCAGCCGAAGGAGGGAACUAAUUCAGAAGUUGAAGUCUUUCAUCAGCUUCUAUAAUGCUUUGCCUGGCUAUGUCUGCAGCCACAGCCCCGUGGCUGAAAACGACACUCUUUGCUGGAACGGACAAGAACUCGUGGAGAGAUACAGCCAGAAGGCAGCGAGGAAUGGCAUGAAAAAUCAGUUCAACCUCCAUGAGCUGAAAAUGAAGGGCCCUGAGCCAGUGGUCAGUCAAAUUAUUGACAAGCUGAAGCACAUUAACCAGCUCCUGAGAACCAUGUCUGUGCCCAAAGGUAGAGUUCUGGAUAAAAACCUUGACGAGGAAGGGCUGGAGAGCGGCGACUGCGGUGACGACGAGGAUGAGUGCAUCGGGGGCUCCGGGGACGGGGCGAUGAAAGUGAGGAACCAGCUCCGCUUCCUUGCAGAACUGGCUUAUGAUCUGGAUGUGGACGAGGCGCCUGGAAGCAAGCAGCACGUGAAUCAGAAGGACAACGAGAUAGCAGCCUCUCACAACCUGGGGAACGGCAACUCCCCACUGAAGGUUCUCACCAGCUUGGCCAUCUACAUAGUGGGCUUCUUUUUGCUGGUGCACUGACUUCCCAGUGCACAGCGCCCAUUCUGCCUGGCAGCACCCUUGUUGCCUGGCGGCCCCCCGUGGUCUUCCUCUAUAAAGGGAGCCACCUUCUUAUUUUUUUCUAUUUUUUUAUCUUGUAUACCUCCAGCCAUCAAGUAGAAGACCAGCUGUGUGUUGUGUUUUCGAAAAUCAGUGGUGUCUUUGAGGGAGGUAAAUUUUAGUGGUAGCAUAGAUCGUCUUUUUGCAAAGAAAAAAACUCAAGUUGUGCCAAAUUAUUUUCCUAUGUUUGGUUGCUAGACCAUGGUUACCAUGUCUCCCUUUCUCUUUCUCUCUUUCCCUUUGCAUGGAUUUCUUUGGAAAAAAAAAAUAAAUAAAUGUUCAAAUAAAAA